AUGGCUGCAGUUACCUCCUUUUCUCUCUUUAGGAACUGUGCAGCAACAACUGUGAGAGCUUUUGUGACAGUGAAAGCCUCCAACCCCAAUUUCACAACCUUCCUUCUUCCUCUUCACUCUCGCAGAUCCCUGUGCCGUGUUAGCGCUACAAAUGAUGAGGAGGCUGCUGCCAAGGUAGCUGCAGCUAAUGCCAAUGGUGGAGCUCCAACAAUAUUUGACAAGAUCAUAGCAAAGGAAAUCCCAUCAAGCAUUGUAUAUGAGGAUGAUAAGGUCCUGGCAUUUCGGGAUAUCAACCCUCAGGCUCCUGUUCACGUUUUAGUCAUCCCAAAGUUUAGGGAUGGAUUAACUGAGCUGAGAAAGGCUGAACUUAGGCAUGUUGAAAUACUGGGUCAACUUCUCCAUGCUGCAAAAAUAGUUGCCGAGAUAGAAGGCAUUCUUGAUGGGUUUCGUGUGGUUAUCAACAAUGGUCCAGAGGCAUGUCAAUCUGUUUAUCAUCUCCACUUGCAUGUCCUUGGUGGAAGACAGAUGAAAUGGCCAGCUGGUUGA